GCGUCGCAGUAGUGAAGUGAGUGUGUCGAUCAGCGCAAAAUCAGUGGCGAAAUAUCGAAUUCAGUGGCAAAUAUUUUAAAGUAGCGAAAGUUGGCUUGUAAUCAAUUGCGAAAGAAUAGGUGAGUAAUCGAAAGAAAAUGUCCGAAGAAGGAGCAGGGCUUGCAUUGCCGAUGGGAUCUCGGCGAGCAAGAGCGAAUGAAAGGACGGAAGGCCGUUCCCGCUCCGGAAGCAGUUGUAGCAGUGGCGCCGAGGUAGAUGAACUGGAUUACUGCGAAAACUCCCCAUGGGUCUUCAUUCCGGAACCAAUGUUUACAAAAAUAUUCCUCUACUUGAAUCCCCGGGAUCUGCUGAAUGCUGGACAAACAUGCAAACGCUGGAACAAACUGAGCCGUGACGAUUACAUAUGGCGAAAAUACUUCCAAAGGGAAUUCAAUGUGGACACCACUAUAGGACUGAAGCCAGGCGCGGAAGCCUGGAGAUCGGAGUUCAAACGACUGACGGAUAAUGUUCCAAUGGUGAUGACGGAUGUGUUGACGAAUCAUUCACAUCAGGUGUUACAUGUCAGCUUUUCUCAUAAUGGGAAAAUGUUCGCUACCUGUUCCAAAGAUGGAUUUGUCAUUGUCUGGAACUCAGCAUACCCUUCAACGAUCCGCGACUCGUACGACAUGCGUAAACUAAGCUGGAAGUACACUCAGUUCUCGCAGUUCAACCAGAGCGAUACCUUACUGUUGGUGUCUGGUGUACAUUUCGGUUCACCACACAGCACGUCCGGCGAGAUUGCCGUUUUUACUGUGCAAAACGGCUUCCGACUAAAGUGUCGCGUAACGAACCGGCCAUACGACAUUUUCGGGACAUGGUUCAGUGAUCAGCACCUACUGUCGGGUGACCUGAAUUGGUUAGCCCACUUGGUUAGUUCGUCGAUUCUAUGGUUGAACAAGGCCAAUCAGGAAGUUGACUCGGAGCAUACACCGAUUCGUAAUCAACUGUACAAAUUCUACAACAGGAAUGCAAGUUCCAUCAGAGCCAUUAUGGUAGCAAAUUGUCCUUGGCUGAGCGAUGAAAAGAUAGAGGAAGCCGGUGCCGAAGGACCAAGUACAUCCGAAGGAACCGGCAAUAAGACGAGUAUCGAAGAUGAAGAAGACGAUAGACGGAUAGGAAAUCCUCUUUCGCACUAUCAAAUGAACCAAGAUCAAGCCAUGGAUAACAUGUACCGCGCCGGAAGGGUAUUUAUUCCAGAUAUCGAUCUUGAUUUUCCAUAUGUCCCUUUGGAAAAUCAAGACUAUGCCAGUCCGAUACAUUAUUUGGAUGAGUACCGUAGGGAAUAUGAGGACAGUUACUACGAAUCAUCGGACGAUUGCCUGGACGACGACGAUGAUCAGGAAGAUGACGAUAUGUCAGAGGUGGACGAUUUGGACAAUCUAUGCCCGAAAUAUCUGAUCUUCUCAACGGGAUCAAAGACAUACACGCCCCAUCAAAUAGGAUUCAAACGAAUGAGUAGCGUUAAUUUCCCUCGACGCCUGGAUCCCGGACCUACGUUGAAGGAACGGAUUGCUUUGCGAGAUCGACAACGGGAGAUGGAGGUAAUUAUGCGUGAGAUGUCCCAAGAAGAAAUCCGCCUCCAAUAUAUAUUGCAGAACGAGACUCCUCCGAUGGAGGCCAACUGGUCCAACUAUGAGGCGGUUGCUGAUCGUUUCGACAAAGUUGACAAGCUAAUUGACCUGCAUGGGCAUAUUAUCGGUAUGGGUUUGAGUCCGGAUCACCGUUAUCUCUAUGUUAACAGUCGACCUUGGCCGAAGAACUAUGUGAUACGGAAUCCAUUGGAACCACCGCCGAUUGCACAGGAAAUCGACAUUCACGUUAUAGAUCUGAUGACUUUGAAGAAGGUCGGCACCAUGUUGAGAGCACAUAAAGCUUAUACGCCAAACACGGAAUGUUUCUUCAUUUUCCUGGAUGUGUGCGAUAACUAUGUAGCAAGCGGAGCUGAAGAUAUGCAUGCGUAUCUUUGGGAUCGUUACUACGGAGUUUGUCUGGCUAAAUAUCAACACGACGAUGUGGUGAAUAGUGUAGCUUUCAAUCCACGAGACAACGAAAUGCUAGUGACCACAAGCGAUGAUUACGAAAUUAAGAUUUGGCGAUCACUGUCCCAAGCCAAGAAGCUCGGCAUUCAACCGGUAGGAAAGGCUGUUGAGUUCAGAAAGCUGAAAUCCAAAGCGACAAGCCAUUAAGCAGAAACUUCUCGAUCGCAUUACGCUUAUCCCAUUUCACACGUUUGUUAGUUUAUGAUGUUAUUCAAGCGAAGUCUAGUCGUUGGUAGAAUAUCUACGAUACGUUGGAGUCCACUUAUGGUUCAUUGAAGAUUGCCGACUUUAUGUAAGUACAGUUAUUGAAUAUCCUACAACACAAAAAGAUAUUACUGUGUGAAUCCAUCAGAGAUAUUUCUUUCCCAUUGCAAACAUAGCUUACUAUCGAUUGGGAUUGUUUAUCAAAUUUAUUCACAAUCGUGCAAUGCAAUCGUAACAAAAUUAUUGCUUUAACAAAUCACAGAUUUAGAAUGCAUAUUUGCGAAAUUUAGAAUUUUUAUUCUAUUUUACAAUAAAAAAUCACAUAAACCUGAUGUUAGUGGACAUUUACAUCCGAAAUAUCCUAAAAGUGGUUAUCAACACAGCAAAUUAAGGGGCACUUGGUGCUCUGCAAUCACUUGAAUGCGCUUUUGGAUUGUGGUUUUGUGGUCGCCGUUGUCGCCUUAAUCUCCUCCUCUCUAUCACCGUAUAGAUCCAAUGUUCGACCAUACCACCAGA